UCACAAUUUUUUCACGCGAUUUACAUUUAUUUGUGUUUCCGAGUUGGCACAGAAGAAGGAUGUCAAGCGAAGCCACGAUCCUCCAUUCAACCAUGCAGCCUUGUGAUUACACGGCACCACAGGUUCCUUGAUCAUCAUCUGUUUCGCUUGUAAUAGUAUUGCACGGGACCUGGAAAUCGGAUGUGGGAAACCAACACCAGUGACAGCUUCUUCUGAAUACUAUAUAUGACAUACAUGGUGGGAACGAUUAUCCUCGUUGUCAUACUCAAGAGACCAGCAAGCUUAGGUUUGUUUGAUAGUCCCAUAAUUUCAAAAAGGAAUCAAAUCUCGGAUAGCUUCCCAUAGUAGUUACUCUAUUAUAACCACGAAACAACCACGUCAAAAGAAUGAGCACCACCACUGCCACUGAAAUUCCCGAGCAAGCCCUACAAUCCGCAACCACAAAACCUACAAUGACGACAUCUUCUCCCAGCAGCAAGAGCGGCGCUCCGUUUGAUUUGGAGACCACCUUGACGUAUGACAGCAUCGAAUAUUGGGCCAAGAAAGAUCCCAAACGCACAGCCCUCGUCAUCACAGACAAACAAUGGCAAGUGGACAAAGAAGCAAAAUUGAAGGGAAAACACACCGUGGGGAAUCCCAAAGAAUGGACGGUUGUGACCUACGAGGAUUUUUAUGCUUUGGUCAACCGCUUCCGAGUGGCAUUGCAUCAAGCUGGAAUCCCACUCCCAAAGCCGGGACAACGACCCUACAAAAUUCUAUUACUCUUUGCACCGUCCAAUCGAGCCCAAGUCUUGGCAUUGCUCAUUGCCAUGCAAGCCACGGGGUGCAUCUUUCUCUUUGGAGGAAGACCCGAAGAUUUUGGAGGACUAAAAGGGUUUUUGGCCACCAUGCUCCGACUGGAACCCGACAUUGUCAUUGCCAACCGCGUCGUGCACACCAUCUUUCGGACUCUUUGCAUGACACUCAAAUACAAGAAAAAGGUCAAGUGGAUCAAGGGCACGGUAUUGACCAAAAAAGCACCCAAAUUGACACCAGCCACACUCCAGGAAUACGAACAGCACAAAGCCGACAGGGCCAAGGCAAUUUCCCUCGAUACCGUCGCCACCAUCAUGUUCUCCAGUGGUACCACAGGCCCACCGUCACCCAUUGAAAUCACACAUCGCAUGCUCUGCUUUCAAGCGGCGGGAUAUGCGGAAAUGUUGCAAAACCACUUGGGCAAAGACCUCUACCAGGAAAACACCACAACUACCACUUCCGGUGCCAGACGCGAUGGACCCUGGAUAUCCACACACAUCUUUGUCAACUUUGUCAUGCUGGAUGUGGUCUGCGGUGGAACGGCCGUCAUGCAACCCAUGGGGAUCGCGGCUCCUGAUAAAACGGUGGAUGCCGACAUGUUAUUGACCGUUUGGGAUCAUUUCAAUACCCAAAUAUGUUCGGCUCCACCGGCCUUGUGGACACGGCUGAUCAAACUCAAGCGACAACGAGACCAACAACCAGGCAAUAAACCUUUGGUACAGGACUUGAAACUGGCAUUUGUCGGAGGCGCCGAGACGUCGGCUAGUUUUGCCCGCGACAUGGCCAAGGAGUUUAUCCGGCCCUCCCAAGAUGGUUCCAAGUCGGGAGUAUACCGUGUGUAUGGUACCACACAAGUGCUGCCCAUUGCCAUGGCCAGUGAUACCGAAAUCUGCCAAGCAGAAGAUGCUCACAGAUAUUGUGAAAAGGGUUAUGGCGUGCUGUUGGGGUCGGUGGUGGAUGGACUCGACGUGACAAUUGACAAGGAAAAGUUUGAAAGCAAGGGAGGCAAGUCCAAGCUGGCAAUGGCGUCUCUUCCGGACGUGGAAAUUGGAGAAUUGUGUGUGCUGGGAGAAGCGGUUUCUCCUUCCAUGGAAAUUGCCUCCCAGCCAUCCGGCAAGGUGCCCACAUAUAUCUUUCGGUCGGGAGAUAUCUGCUACCUGGAACCAACCACCCAAAAUAUUUACUUUAUGGGACGCAUGGCCCAAGCCGUCGAUUGUGGCAGUGAAAUGGGUAAGGUUCCGCCGGUGGGCGUGGAAAUGGUGGCACUGGAAACCAAAACAGUUCAUCGAUGUGCCUUUGUGGGUGUGCCUCGCAAAGAUGGGACUGUAUCGCCCACUCUGGUCGUCCAAUUCGAAGACCCAAAGCACGGAGAUGUCGAAGCAGCUCGCAAAGCUAUUCGUACAGCAUUGGAAGGAAGUGUUUGGGCUCCCAUCCUCAAGCACUGCAGCAACCUCUCUGUGGUUGUCUAUCCCAAAGUAUGGCCUGUGGAUCAUCGCCACUCCUCCAAGACCAAUCGUUUCAUGCUCCGUGAUUGGGCUGCCAAGACAGACUCGAAAAAAUUCCAUAGCGUUUAGAACAGGAAGAGUCAGUCACAACUACAUGUAGUGUUUAACUAAUUUUGAAAAAGGAACUAGCAUUGCAUUACUACAGUCUGGCG